UAACGUCAUUAUUUGUGUUGUUAAUUGAGAAUUAAGACUUAAAAUGCAAUUUCUCCGGUAUUUUCUUCUAUUUUUCAUUUUAAAAUGUACCAAAUCACAAAGUCCUGACCAAUUUUCCUUAAAAAUUAUUCACAUCAAUGACUUCCAUUCAAGAUACGAAGAAAUCAACACAUUAGCAACAAAAUGCAAGCCAGAAACAGAAACCUGUCUUGGAGGCUAUGCCCGAACUGUUUCAGCCGUAAAAUCCUUAAAAGCUGAAAUGGAAAACUCAAUUUUCGUCAAUGCUGGAGACAAUUUUCAAGGCACUCUGUGGUACGAUCACUUCAAGGGCAAUGCUACAAGUUUUUUCUUGAAUUUGUUGCCUGCUGAUGCAAUUACUUUGGGAAAUCACGAGUUCGAUGACGGAAUUGAGGGUCUUUUGCCGUUCAUGAGGAACAUUGAGUCACCCGUCGUCGUUUGUAACAUCGACGAUGAUGGCUUAGAGCCCACUUUAAAAGGCUUGUACGAGAAAUCUGUCGUCCUUGAACGUGGCGGAAAGAAAAUCGGCGUAAUUGGCGUCAUAAUUGCCGAUACUCCGAACCUCAGUCGUCCCGGAAAAGUUCAAUUUUUCAAUGAAAUCGAGUCAAUUCGAUCGGAAAUUGCGAAAUUGAAAGCGCAACAAGUCGAUAUAAUUGUUUUGUUGUCGCAUUGUGGGCUCACGAUUGAUCGAGAAAUUGCUAAAACGAUUGGCGAGGACAUUCAUGUGAUCGUUGGAGGUCAUUCGCAUUCGUUGUUGUACACGGGACCAUCUCCAAGUCCUGAUGCGCCUGUCGAUGUGUAUCCGAUUGAAGUUUCUCAUAACGAUGGGAAGAAAACUUUGAUUGUUCAAGCAUUGGCAUUCUCGAAAUUUGUUGGAAAUUUAACGGUUCACUUUGAUCAGGGGAAUAAAAUUCUCUCCUACGAAGGAAAUCCCGUUUAUAUGGAUGAAAAAAUCGCAAAAGACGAAACAAUUCUCCGUGAAAUGCUUCCUUACGAGAAAAUCAUCAGCGAAAUAGGAAACGAACAAGUUGCUUUCUCCAAAAUACCGCUCGAAAAAGGAGUUUGCUCUACCGGCGAAUGUUCUUAUGGAAAUUUAAUUAAUGAUGCCUAUGUGGAUUACUACGUGUCUGCCAACACUGAUCCAAGUCGAUGGACUCUUGCCUCAAUUGCUCUCUCUAACGCUGGCAUAAUUCGCGUUGGUCUUAAUCGAGGAAAUAUCACUUUUGAUGAUCUCGCUACUUCGCAUCCUUAUGAAAAUACCGUCGACACAUUCGAUUUGAGAGGUGAUCAUUUGCUGGAAGCUUUGGAAAUUAGUGCUGCGAAACAUAAUACGACGAAUUUCUUGCAGCUUUCUGGUCUCAAAUUAACGAUAGACAUCACUGCUCCAAAAGGUGAACGAAUUAAAUCCGCAAAAGCGCGAUGUGACAAAUGCCGAAUUCCGGUGUAUGAAACUCUUGACCCUCAAAAGUAUUAUCGCAUAGCGAUAGCGUCGUGGAUCGGAGAUGGCGGCAAUGGUUACCAAGUAUUCAAAGAUCAUAGAAAGAAUGUUGCUCGAGGACCAACGUCAUUAUCCGUCGUUCAUCGAUACAUGAAGAAAAUUUCACCAAUCGUUGGAACACUUGAUGGGCGGAUUCAGAUUUUAAAUUGAGUUUAUGACAAUUUAGUUGAAUUAGUAAAUUAAAAAUUGAAUGACAAAUAUUUUUAAGAAAUAUAAAAAAAAAAUCUUCAAAUUUUAUCAAAAGUUUAUUAAAUUUUUGAAGAAAACCUUCAAAACUGAAGUAAUUAAUGAUCAAAUUUAUUUUACCAAUUUUAAAUUAUUAUUUUAGACCAAUUUUACAGAGACGUAGCAUCAUAUGGGCAAUGAAUAAUUUUCCGU